UCGCGAGACUCGGCCACAGCGCCCCCUCCCUGUGUUAAUGCGGAGAGAAGGGAGGAGAAGCGUUUAGCGCUAGCAGCUUUUUCAAACACAAACACAUUUCAAUAUCGCGCUCUGAGUCGCAUUUUCCUCCGGAGAAGCCCGGAACGCAGCACGCGGACGUUAUUUACGGUCCUUUUCACCGGGAUCGUGCGGGUGAAGGCGGCUGGGAGCAGCGGAAGCCGCGGGAGAGACGCUGAGGGAAGAAAAGCGGCCUGUUUUGUUCCUGAUCUCCGGAGCCGCAGCUCGCGCGCUCGGUCCAACACAUCGCUCCGUUUUUGUGUAAUUUUCUCUCCUCCUGCGGUGUUCGCUUUCGCCGUUUUGGAGAUUUAAUCGCAUGCAUUGUGUGCUCGUGUGUGCUGUGAGCGAGGCGGCGGUGCUGCUGGUUAGCGAGCGGAACCGAUUUUCGGCGCUUCGGGAGAACUUGUAGAAAAAGCGGCCUGUUUUGUUUUUGCACGAGCGGCGCCAUGAACAAUAACACACACCGGGCUUAACGAGCUUCCUCUGCUUCCGCUCUCCGGUGUGCACGCGACAAACCUCGGCUGGAUUGUGGGAAAUAAUCCGGAGCAGUGUGUGUGUGUGUGUGUGUGUGAGAAGCGGAGUACAGGAUCCGGAGAUCCGGCGGUGUGAGCUCGGGAGCUCCGGUUCUGCGGCGUGACACGGGACUCUCGGGACGCGGUAUCUCGCGCCUCUCUCUCUGCUCCUCGUUUCGGAUGUAUUUGGGACGCAGCCGGAGCGCGUGCACUGCAUUUCUCCGGUGAUGAUGAUUAUUUUUGCGUAUUUCCUGCCAUGGAAGCGAGAGCGCGCGUGCACGGCGUAACGGCGGUGGACGUGCUAUGUGUGGAGGAGAGACGUUUCUGCGACAUCACGCCGCACGUGUGAACAUUUUAAUCCCGAACUGACUGCAAAGUCGUGCAUCAAAUACGCGCUCGUGCGCUGCGCGAUUAUUAAUUCUGAGCUCCUCAGCAGCGCUCGAUCAGAGACUGUGUGUGUGUGUGUGUGUUUGAGAGUGUGUGUGUGUGUGUGAGAGAGUGUGUGUGUGGUGUGUGAGAGUGUGUGUGUGUGUGUGUGUGUGUGAGUGAGUGAGAGUGUGUUUUCCCCCCUCAUCCUGACCCCCCCUCUCCCCCCUGUGCGGACAUGAACCCGGUAAACGCGACGGCUCUGUACGUGUCCGCGUGCCGCUCGGUGCUGCGCUGCGACCCCCGGGACCCGCAGGCUUUAUCCGAGCUCUACAAGCUGCUGCCGUUCUUCAGACAGUCUCUGUCCUGCCUGGUGUGCGGGAAUUUGCUCCAGGAUCCGAUCGCUCCGACCAACUCCUCGUGCCAGCAUUACGUGUGCAAAGCGUGCAAGGGAAAGAAGAUGAUGAUGAAGCCGUCGUGCAGCUGGUGUAAAGACUACGAGCAGUUCGAGGAGAACAAGCAGCUGUGUAUUCUGGUGGACUGCUAUAGGAAGUUGUGCGAGUACAUCGUGGGUUCUCCUCUCGCCAAGCACAUUUCCAGUGAAGUGGGCGGAGCCCCGGACAUCCUGGCUCUGCUGCACGAGGGUCUCUCGUCGGACAAGACGGGAGACGAGGGUUUCUCACUGAACCUGACGCAGCACUCUCCUGCUCCUUCGAGCUCGGACACGCCUCCUGAGGAGCACCAGUCCCCGUGCUCGUCUGAGAUCAAGCAGCAGCCGCCGAGCCCGCUGGGAGUAAACGGCCUUCAGGACUGUAACGGGUUGAGCAACAUGGACGAGCUGACGGCCGGCUUGCCCUCGCCUCACACCAGCAUGACGGUGGAGGUGGGCAGCGAGGUGGUGAAGCAGGAGAACUUCAGCAGUGAGAUUCCGGUGUGCGGGACCGGAGAGGAGCUCUGUGCCUCCAGCAUGGAUAUGUGUCAGUUUGGAGAGGAUAUAAAACAUGCAGGCGGGACUCUUUUACUGAGCGUGGAGGAGGUGCUUAGGACUCUGGAGCCUGAUCCCGUUUCUCAGGUGGAGUGUUCUGCUAUUCUCCAGCCGAGCCUCGGGGCUUCAGGGAAUAUAAACGGACCCUUUGGAUGUUCCGCCGUCUCGGCUGACGCUUCCCGGCCGCUUCCCUCGCUUCCCCUUGACUCUGCAGGGGUGUUGGCUCCACAGCAUCCUCAUCACAACCCGCAGCCGUCCUCUGGAAUUUCCUGUUCCGCCGUAACUCUCAGAGUUCCACGCUCGAACCGCAAACGCUCACGUUCUGAGAGCGACAGCGAGAAGAUCCAGCCCCUGCCCAUUUCCACCAUCAUCAGAGGGCCGGCUCUCGGCGCCUCGGUGCCCGUUGCUAUAAAGUGUGAACCUAAAGCUCCGACACUCGCCACGCCCAACAUGGCCGCCGUCCCGAACGGUGGAGGACUUCCCAAAGUGGGAAAAGCUCUGAUAGUGCCCAGUAAACCCGUCAAAAAGAGUAUCGAGCAGCAUGGACCUAAAAAGGCGUACGCAAAGUCGAAACAGAGCGCCCCGAAAACGAAAGACAAGACGAAAGAGCGACUGGUGAGUAAUCCUCUGGUGCCGGGGAGUCCCACGAAGGUGGUGUACAAGAAACCGCAGGAGAAGAAGGGCUGUAAAUGUGGCAGGGCCACCCAAAACCCAAGUGUUCUUACAUGUCGGGGUCAGCGCUGCCCCUGCUACUCCAACCGCAAGGCCUGUCUGGACUGCAUAUGCCGCGGCUGCCAGAACUCCUACAUGGCCAACGGCGAGAAGAAACUGGAAGCGUUUGCGGUGCCGGAGAAAGCCCUGGAGCAGACGAGGCUCACGCUGGGCAUCAACCUCACCAGCAUCGCGAUGAAGAACCCCGGCGGCAGCGGGACUCCCGGCACGCUGAACGUCACCUCGGCGGCAGGUUCGCCCAUGGCCUCGUUCCUGGCAGCCGGGCCUCACGAGGACGAGGCGCUGGACAUGAGGUUUGACUGUUGAGCCGUGCACAAUGCUCUUAUCGUCGUGUGAACCCUUAUUCCUUAUUCCAGGCCGGCUCACUCGCGUCCCGGAGACGAGCCAGCGGAGUCGUCAAUAAGGCAGCUACUGUGAUUCUGUUCCAGUUCAUGUUAUUGAAUUAGUCAUUGCUGAAGCCUGUGCCUAUAAAUCACUUGUAACAUUUUUUUCUUUUUUUAUUAUUUUAUUUUAUUGUCUUACACACUAUUGUGACUUGAGUCAUGUUACUGUAAGUUGGAAUUCUGUUGUUUUUUUUCCAUUUCAGUACAAGUGAUCUAUACGGCAUGAACUUUAGCAAAGAGAUGCCUGACCUCGUUGUUGAGGGUCAUGUUAUGUGGAUUUGUGGGUGAUUUUCAGUUCGUAGGCUAGAAGACGAGACCUGUUGGAUGAAAUGGUACCUGCUACGUCAGUAGAGACUGGUUGUAUUUAUAAGCUUUUUUGUACACCGACUUAUGAAUCCCGAUUUAAAAGUACAUUUUAUGAUAUUUUUUAAGUUACAUUAACAACAUUUGCAGUAUUUAUUGGGCAUCACUUAACAUAGAUUGCGGGCCAUCUAGGGCUUCAUCAGGAUUUCUACAGAUGCAAUUCACUGAGAUGCAGUAUGUUCGGUUUCUGUCUAAAUUAUGUUGCGGUCCUGUUUGUGCUAGUUUAUGCUGUCUAAAACUGUUUUUUUCCUUUGGGCAUUUAAAUACCUGUAAUAUAAAUGUAACAUAUUUCCACAAAAAAUCAAAACCUGACUCGUGUCUUUUUUUUUUUUC